AUGCCUCGAGAAGAGCCGGAUCUCACCGCACCUGAACAAGUUUUGGCAUCGAUUUUUCAAAGCUACGGUGACUACAUCAAUUCACUUCUUGAAGGAGCGGCUGUGGUUGGGAAAUCGUUAUGCGAUUUCUUUGGACUGCCCUGUGACUCGAUCUGUUCGGCCUUCUCCACCGUCUUCUCCAUCCUCUUCGCCAUCCUCAACUUCCUCUUCCAGCUGAUCUCCGGCCUUGGCUACCUUGUUCGACGUCUCACUCGAUCGGAUCCCCUUCAAUUUCUCCUCUAUUCAGCGAUUCCCUGGAUUGGACUCCAA